AUGAAGAGAGGCCAGACCGCUAAUAUGGAUAAAAAAGAUCAGGGCAAGGAUAAUCAGAACAAUGAAGAUAAUCAAGAAAAUCAGGAGAAUCAGGAGAAUCAAGAGAAUGUAAAAAAAUCGAGAAUAAUUUUAAAAGAAAGUAAACUCUCAAGCAAUGUACAUAACAUUGAGCAGGCAGCAGGAUCAGCCACGGUGCAGGCACAGCAAAAUAUAGAGCAACCAGUACCAAAUCUUCAAGAAAUCUACGAGGAAUUGCAACAUUUACGAAAUUUAUAUGCUGUCGAACAUGAUCCUCGAAUACAAAAUAUUGAACGCAGAAUGGAUAGAUUCCAUAUAGAUGAGCAAAGGAGAGGCCGUGGAGGAGGACGUGGACGAGGACGCGGUCGAGGACGCGGUCGAGGAAGAGAUCGUGGCCAAGGAAGACUACCGCUUCAACUUAAACUCCGGGAGCGCGACAAAAGGUAUCAAGAAGAAAGGCACUGA